CCCACAGCAUGUAUGCGCCAGCUUUGCUAUUCUCCUCCUCAUUCUUCCAACGCGAUCGAAUCCUUCAAGCACCUGAACCACGCGUCCACCAAGCUAUCCGCUCCAACGCGGACACCAAGUCGGUCGCCGAGCGCAGCACAGAAGGUAAAGGAAAGCAUUCCUGCCUUAACAAAGUACCAUUCGCAGCAAGGGCCAAGCCAGGGUCUGGCGGAUCACAGCGUCAGCAUUGAAGCCAGUCAGGGACACACGGUCAUCGAAGCGACCAUUUGCAGUCAGUGUCAACUAGCGACAUGGAGAACCUGCAAUCAGCAACGUCCAGAUUGGACCUCAAAGGCUCUCUGGCUCCAAGCGCUGGCAGCAGCAGCAACGCCAAUGCUCAUUCCCGCCUAGCGUUUCAAGUUCAACCACUCCACGGCAAUUCGCACAGCAACAUUCCCCACUCGCCCACAUCCAUCAAACCUCAACCUCAUCAUCCGCAUCAUGCGGGUCAGGGUCAUUUGCGCAAAGGGAGCGUCGAUGGAACAUCAAGCAACAACUCGUCUCGACAGGCGAGCGCCACGCUGCAGGCUGUCAACACAACCAAGCCUGCUGCUUCAGCAUCUGCUGCAGGGCAAGGUGCAUCUGCCUCUUCCGCGGUAUUGAGGCACGUAGACAUUGGGAAGUAUGAUGGGAGUAUGGAGCGAGACGAGCGCAAGGGACGUCGAACGAUGACGAGGGAAGAGGAUGAAAAGGCAGCUGUAUUGGCUAUCGACAGCGCAUCCAACAAUGCUCACAAGCCUACGCGCAAGUGGGCUUUGAAAGAAUUCGAAGUGGGCCGCGCAAUGGGCAAGGGAAGGUUUGGAAGAGUCUACAUUGCUCGAACAAAGGCUGAUGCCCAGGGAAGUGGCGCGGGAUUCAUCGUGGCGCUCAAAUUGCUGUACAAGAAGGAGAUCGUGUCGGACAUGCUGGAAACGCAAGUCAGGAGAGAAAUUGAGAUCCAAAUGAACCUCAGACACCCCAACGUGCUUCGUAUUUACGGCUACUUUACAGACCAAGGCAGAAUCUUUAUGGCGCUGGAAUUCGCGGCGCGAGGAGAGAUGUAUAAGAUCAUGAGCAAGUUGAGAAAUGGGAAGUGGUCUGAGCCGGAAGCUGGUGCGUUUGCUGGUCAGAUGGCAGACGGCCUUGCAUACUUGCAUUCCAAAAAUGUCAUUCAUCGAGACAUUAAACCCGAAAAUCUGCUCAUUGGGCUGGAUAACAAGCUGAAGAUUGCCGACUUUGGCUGGUCAGUCCAUGCUCCUGGUGACAGGCGGACAACGCAGUGUGGAACUUUGGACUACAUGGCCCCCGAAUUGACCGACCCUGGUACACCGCACGGACACGGCGUGGAUCUUUGGGCCUUUGGAAUCCUGAUCUACGAAUUCUUGAACGGCACACCGCCGUUCGAUUCGCUGGACGAGAGAAACGUGGACAGAGAUCAGUUUGAAACGUACAACCACUAUGCUGCGACCGGCAAAAAGUAUGCCAAUUUUUAUACCAAGGCGCGCAUCAAGACGAUAGAUUACAGCUUUCCUGAUGAGAUGCCGAAUCAGGCCAAAGAUCUCGUCAACAGAUUGUUGCAGGUAAAGCCAGCACAGCGACUACCAUUGGACCAAGUGAUGCAGCAUCCGUGGAUCAAAAAGUGGGAUCCGACGUGCUAUCAGAGAUGCAAAGAAGGAAAUUACGUCAAGGAUACACCGGCUCAUCAGGUGCCGCACGUGCCCCAUUGGACCAGAAUUGGCCGGCUGCCAGAGGACAGGCUUGGCUUGCCCCCCCUCGCUCCUGCCCCUGGCACUGGCGGAAUCCGCAAGGUCAAGAAACCUUGAACACGCACGUACCAAGCCCCGCCUCCAUGCCUCGGUGGAACUCUGUUCACUCUGACAGCACUUAUCACAUCUCAACUCCUCGCCGUGAGCCUAGAUCAUGCGCAAAGCUUUUCACACCGACUUUCGCUUUCGUUGAUCAGAUUUCACGGGUAUUGAAUAUGCCGAUUGAAUGCAGCUAAAUGCACACCAAACAAGAAAGGACGUGGCGCAGGAUACGUACAGAUGGCACCUACGCAACAAUGUUAUGUAGUGAGGUGGCGAAAUAGGGGCAAGACAAGUGCGCGAGAAUUUGUAGAUUGUGCUGUGCUUUGUGCUGGAAGUGGUGGAAUUUGGUGAUGCAUUAUAGCGAACGGAGACAAUGAGGCAAGACGUGGAAGAA